AUGCUUCAUACGCUCAUACUCACGCUCGCUGCUCUAUCGUCAACUGCUCCGGUCUUCGGACUCGGGCAGGGCGGUCGGGGCGGCGCAGGUCGCGCCGGCCGUUCUGACUCGAAUAUCCAGCCAGUUCAUCCCGUCGCUCGUUCUCCUCUCGACUCCGAUUAUCACCACCAAAAGCGUUCCGCAGAGAACGACCCCUAUGACAACCUCCCCCGCACCCUUCUCAAGAGGAGUAUCACCAGCAACGUCGCCGACGUCGUCGGCAAGAGCUUUGACUUUGUGAUUGUCGGUGGCGGUCUGGCUGGUCUCACUGCCGCGUCGAGGUUGAGCGAGUGGUCCAACUUUACGGUCCUCGUCGUCGAGGCCGGCGGAGAUGGUUCGGACGUGCAGAUUCAGGAGGAGGUUCCAGGCUUCAGCUACAUGAAGGGUCUCACCUCGACCGCCUAUGGUUGGAACUUCACAACGGUCAACCAGACCGACUGCAGCAACCUCUCCAAGCACUGGCCUCUGGGCCGUGGUCUUGGAGGCUCGGCCGCCGUGAACGGCAUGUUCUGGGGCCGUGCCAGUGCGCAAGAGUACGACAGUUGGGCAGCUCUCAACCCUGGUGGCGAGCAGACCUGGAACUGGGCCGAGGUGGACAAGUACAUCAAGAAGUCCGAGAACUUUGUCCCCCCAGAUGCUGCCCAGGCGUCCGAGUUCCACAUCCCGUCCAACGUCUCUGCCCACGGUCAGGGCGGCCCCAUCCAGAUCGGCCACACGCAGUACAUCUUCCCCAUCACGUCCAACUGGAUUCCUACUUGGGAGGCACUGGGCUUCACCGCCAAGGACCUCGCUGCUGGCGACACUCACGGUGUGACCAUCACUCCGUCCACUCUCAACCCCGUCAACCAGACCCGCUCCGACUCCCUCCGGGGCUACAUCCAGGCCGCGCCGCCGCGCCCCAACCUCGUCAUCCUGACGGGCCAGCAGGGCACCAAGCUCCUGUUCAACGGCACCAAGGACGCCAAGGGCAAUGUCGCCGCUACUGGUGUCCAGUUCCAGGCCGCGCCCGGUGCUCCCGUCUACACCGUCAACGUCACCCAGGAGGUCAUUGUUACCUCGGGCACCGUUGGCACCCCCAAGAUCCUCCAGCUGUCGGGUGUCGGACCUGCUAACGUCCUCACUCCCCUCGGUAUCACCCCCAUCAUCGACCUUCCCGUCGGCUACAACCUCCAAGACCACGUCGCAUUCAACCUCCAGUUCAACACCGUUCCCGGUGUUGAGACGUGGUACAACCUCGCUACCAACGCCACUCUCCAGGCCGACGCUCUUGCCAUCUGGCAGGCCAACCACACUGGCCCUCUGACCUACGUCAAUGAGGCUACUGGCUGUAAGUGUCGCCAUGUUUUAGCAGAUCUUUGUCCUAACCCACCAGACAUCACCGCUACCGACAUCAACGCCGUCUCCCUCGGCACAAUCGACAUUAACGCCACCGUCGCCGUCGUUACCGCCAAGCACGGCCUUCCCGCCAGCGUGCAGAAGGGUCUUGCUGCCCAGUACGCUCUGCAGCAGCAGUGGCUCAGCACCAACGUCGGCCAGUUUGAGGUCAUUCUCCACCUCUGGGGUGCCAAUGCCCAGAACAUUGUCAUCCAGGUCGCCUUCCAGCAUGCCUACACUCGCGGUACCUCGUUCAUCGCCUCGACCGACCCCUUCGCCGCUCCUCUUAUCGACCCUUCGUACUUCGGCGUCGACACCGACCUUGCCCUCGCUCAGGCUGGUAUCGCCUGGGUCCGCAAGCUCGCCGCCACCCAGCCCCUCGCCGGAGUGCUCACCGGCGAGUCGACGCCCGGUGCCAACGUCACCGGCGACGCUCUGAACACUUACAUCAAGAGCGUGGCUGGCACCGAGUUCCACCCAAUGGGCACUUGCUCCAUGCUUCCCCGUGACAGCGGUGGUGUCGUCGACACUAACCUCGUCGUGUACGGCACCAGCAACGUCCGCGUCCUCGACUCGUCCAUCAUCCCUAUCGAGAUCUCGGCCCACCUCAUGGCUACCACGUACGGUAUUGCCGAGAAGGGUGCCGACAUCAUCAAGGGCCAGCACUGGGCUGUCGGCAAGGCGCAGGCCAACAACGGCACCUCUGACGUUGGCGGCGGUAACGGCGGCAAGGGCGGUGGCAACGGCAACGGCAACGGCAACGGUGGCAACUCGGGCACCCACUCGUCUGCUAGCGGCCUGUCGACUGGUGCUCGCGCCGGUAUCGCUGUCGGUGCCAUUGUCGGUGGCCUAGGCAUCAUUGGUCUGGCUGUCUGGUUCUUCAUUCGCAAGCUCCACAAGCGCCCCGUCUCGCCCACCCACGACCACGCUGGCUGGUACAACAGUGACAGCUACACCUCUGCCGACGGCGUUCCCGUGGCUCAGGUCGCGAGCAAGCACAGUCGCGUCGGCGGAAGCACUGGCAGCCACCCCUCGGUAGGCCACCGCCCUCUUCAUGCUCUGACGCCCGGCUCCAGCCCCGCUAAGCCACCCCCGCACUGAUAACGCAGUGAAGGGCGUGAAUCCAGCCCAUAUCGUUUUCCUCUAUUGUUACGCCUAUGCAUUGCGUUGUUCGUUGA